UACAGUGGGAUUGGUUCAUAGUUCAUAUUAACGACGGUCGCCGAUUUAACACGAAGGAUAUAGCUAAGAUGGCUGUUGCUGUUGGAGGAAGAAUUACUUCAUGCUUAUAUAACUGCUGUGGCUUGAGAAAUGGAAAAUUUGUGACACCAUUAAGCAUGGCUCGGAAUGAGGUGCUGCAAGUCCGUAAUUAUGCUGCAAGGAAAGGAACAAGAGAGAAAGCACGAAAGAAAAAAGUUAAGGUUGAAGUGAAGAAAGUAGGGUUUAUACCAUUUAAAUUACGACAAAAAAAAACUGCACCGCGUAUUACAAGACGAAUUGAUGAUAGCAUGAAACCAGAUCCUCAAGACAAUGUGUGGAUAUCCAAAUAUUAUAAAUGGCCAGUGUAUGACUUUGCCGCUGCAGUUCAAUGUCAUCGUGAAACAAAUCAUCCAACUGUGUACAACAAUCCAGAUGGAGAGCUUUAUGUUAACAUAGAACUUGAUAUGCGAGCUGCUAAGGCGAACCGAUAUUUGGAUGCGUUUACCCGAAUUGUUUCUAUACCUCAUCCCUUUGAUACAGGGAGUGCAAGAUCUGUCUUAGUUUUUUGUAAAUCCAGAGAGCUCCAAAAGAGUGCCCUGGAGGCUGGUGCCACAGUGGCAGGGGACACUGAACUGAUCAAGAAUGUCCAGAGUGGCGAAUUGAGUCUUCACGAUUUCCACUUUGUUGUUGCACAUCCAGAUAUACUACCUGAACUUGUUUCUGUUCGAGGAUUGAUGAAGCGGAAAUUUCCAAACCAGAAAUCAGGUACUCUUGGCACUGAUAUACCUGGUAUGGUAUCAAGAUUCCACAGUGGUAUUGAAUACUCUGCUAAGGUGGACCAAUAUCUUAAGGACUUAGGAUGGAUUUUUACAUCUUUUGGGAAAAUUGAUAUGGAUACAUCCCACUUGGAAGAAAACUUCUCUUCUCUGCUGAAAGAUGUGAACUCUGUGAGACCAAAUCGAGAAGGUCCAUUCAUUACAAAGUGUUGUCUGGUCACCUUACCAUCCCUAGAGAGGUUGAAAGUUGACUAUAAGCAGUAUAUAGAUGAAGUUGACAAUGGCAAUGAAAAAGAGAAAGUUGAGGAAGAUGAUGAUGAAAAUGAUGAUGCUGUUGAGGUUGAAACUGAAAGAAGUGAAAUGAAUAAGACUUCAGUAGUAGGAUAGGAUUUCAUAUACCAUUUGUAAAUCUGUGAUUUAGCAUGAACUUUCACAGCUCUUCUAUUGUUGCAGAGACAUGUUUACCAUGCUGUUGUGUAGCAACGGUUGUGGCGCAGAUGACUGAAAACACUGUCUCCAACAGUUCCUCCAUUGUUGCGUGUUGAUUUGUUUCUAUGGGAACCUGUUUGUAAUCAUUACCUAGUAAUGGGUCUACACACUACAAUAUGUUGAUGUUUAAUUGUACCAAUUAUUAGAAGUAAA